CGGGGCGGGGCGCGGGUUGCCAUCUGUGGGCAUGGGGUGCAGCGCCAGCAGGAAGGUGGUCCCGGAGCCGCCCGGGAGGGCUGGGGUCAAACACCAGGACCAAAGCCCAGGCAGCGCCAGAGGCUCGGGGCCCGGGCCGGAGGCGGCGGCCCAGGUGGCGCGGAGCAUGCAGGUGGCUCGCUUCCGAGCCAAGUUCGACCCCCGGGUCCUUGCCAGAUAUGACAUCAAGGCUCUUAUUGGGACAGGCAGUUUCAGCUGGGUUGUCAGGGUAGAGCAGAAGACCACCAAGAAGCCUUUUGCAAUAAAAGUGAUGGAAACUAGAGUGAGAGAAGGCAGAGAAGUGUGUGAAUCUGAGCUCAACGUCCUGAGGCGGGUUCGCCAUUGUUACAUUGUCCAGCUCCUAGAGAUCUUUGAGGCCCAGGACCGAGUUUACGUGGUGAUGGAGCUGGCUACAGGAGGGGAGCUCUUCGACCGACUCAUUGCUCAGGGAUCCUUUACAGAGGGCGACGCCGUCAGAAUCCUCCGGAUGGUUGCUGAUGGGAUUAGGUAUUUGCACGCUUUGCAAAUCACUCAUAGGGACCUAAAGCCUGAAAAUCUCUUAUACUAUCAUCCAGGUGCUGAGUCAAAAAUUUUAAUCACAGAUUUUGGUUUGGCACACUCUGGGAACAAAAGAGGUGACUGGAUGAUGAGGACACUCUGUGGGACCCCAGAGUACAUAGCCCCUGAGGUUUUGCUAAGGAAACCUUAUACCAGUGCAGUGGACAUGUGGGCUCUUGGUGUAAUCACAUAUGUUUUACUGAGCGGAUUCCUGCCUUUUGAUGAUGAAAGCCAUACAAGACUUUACAGGAAGAUUCUGAAAGGCAAAUAUAAUUACACAGGAGAGCCUUGGCCGAGUAUUUCCCACUUGGCGAAGGACUUCAUAGACAAACUACUAAUUCUGGAGGCUAGUCAUCGCAUGUCAGCCUGCCAGGCCCUGGAUCAUCCCUGGGUGGUUGCCACGGCUGCCGGGUCUUCUAUGAAGAAUCUUCAGAGGGCCAUUUCCCGAAACCUCAUGCAGAGGGCGUCUUCUCACUCUCAGAGUCCCGGAUCUGCCCAGUCUUCUAAGUCGUGUUGUUCUCACAAAUCAAGGCAUAUAUGGAGCAAGAGAAACUUAAGGAUAACAGAAUCACCACCGUCUGUACCUCUGUGAACAGAUGACCUCUAAAACCAUUUUACCCAAUUUUAACAUCAUUUCAUCAUGAUUAGGGCACUCUAAAUCUCCAAGGACA